GCGGCCGCGGGGCGGGCCCGCAUGGGCGCCGCGGCGUUCGCGUGCGUGCACGACUGCGUGCGCAGCGGCCACGAGGGCGCCGUCGAGGUCGCGGGGACGCCCGGGAGGCCGUCGUCCUCCUCCGCGCCCGCUGGCGACGGCAGUGAGGUGCCCCCGGUGCCGCACUGGUGGCAGGCGCUGAAGGACCCACCGCGCCCGCGGCCGCGGCCCCAGCCCCGCGGGCUCGGCGCGGCUCGAGGAGGCCUCGGCCCGGGGCUCUGGACCCGAGGCGCGCCCUCGGCGAGGCCCGGCGAGGAGGCGCAGCGCGGCGGGGCCGCCGAGGUCUCCUACGAGGGCGGCUACCUGGGCGCGCUGAGACACGGCACGGGUGUCCUCAAGAUGGUCGGCAGCACUUACGACGGCGAGUUCGCCAGCAACAUGAAGCACGGCAACGGGGUGCUCACCUGGGACGACCAGCGGCAGUACCGCGGGCAGUUCGAGGAGGACCGGUUCCACGGCUUCGCCGUGAUGACCUGGCCGGACGGGCGCAGGUACACCGGCCAGUACCAGGAUGACCGCAAGCACGGUAAGGGCACCUUCUCCUGGACGGACGGGCGGCGCUACGAGGGCGAAUGGGUCGGCGGCAAGAGGCACGGCGUGGGGGUGUACACCAACGCGAAGGUGAGACCCUGA